ACGGACGCCGCGCUGAUGUACGAUGCCGUGCAUGUGGUGGCCGUGGCUGUGCAGCAGUCUCAGCAGAUCACUGUCAGUUCAUUACAGUGCAACCGACACAAGCCUUGGCGCUUUGGGAAUCGCUUCAUGGCCCUCAUCAAAGAGGCUCACUGGGAUGGCCUCACUGGAAGAAUCUCUUUCAACAGGACCAACGGCCUGAGGACAGACUUUGACCUCGAUGUUAUUAGCCUUAAAGAAGACGGACUCGAAAAGAUUGGUACCUGGGACCCAGCGAGUGGCCUGAAUAUGACUGACAACCAGAAGGGAAAGACGACUAAUGUCUCUGAUUCAUUGUCCAACCGAUCUCUCAUCGUCUCCACCAUACUGGAGGAGCCAUAUGUGAUGUUCAAGAAAUCUGACACUCCACUGUAUGGAAACGACCGAUUUGAAGGCUACUGCAUUGACCUACUGAGAGAGCUGGCAAACAUCCUGGGCUUUACAUACGAGAUCCGUCUGGUGGAGGAUGGAAAAUACGGAGCACAGGAUGAGAAUACGGGCCAGUGGAACGGCAUGGUUAAAGAGCUGAUAGACCACAGAGCUGAUCUGGCAGUGGCUCCCCUCGCCAUCACAUACGUGCGUGAGAAGGUUAUCGACUUCUCCAAGCCCUUCAUGACGCUGGGUAUAAGUAUACUGUACCGCAAGCCCAACGGAACCAACCCCGGGGUCUUCUCCUUCCUCAACCCACUCUCGCCUGAUAUCUGGAUGUAUAUUCUGCUGGCUUACUUGGGUGUCAGUUGUGUGCUGUUUGUCAUAGCCAGGUUUAGUCCCUACGAGUGGUAUAACCCCCACCCCUGCAACCCUGACUCUGAUGUAGUGGAAAACAAUUUCACCCUGCUUAAUAGUUUCUGGUUCGGAGUUGGAGCUCUCAUGCAGCAAGGAUCUGAGCUCAUGCCAAAAGCCCUCUCGACCAGAAUUGUGGGAGGAAUUUGGUGGUUUUUCACUCUCAUCAUCAUCUCCUCCUACACGGCAAACCUGGCAGCUUUCCUCACAGUGGAGAGGAUGGAGUCCCCCAUUGACUCUGCUGAUGAUCUGGCCAAGCAAACAAAGAUUGAAUAUGGAGUGGUAGAAGACGGCGCCACAAUGAUAUUUUUUAAGAAAACAAAGAUUUCUACAUAUGAUAAGAUGUGGGAGUUUAUGAGCAGUCGGAGACACUCGGUGAUGGUGAAGAACAUUGAGGAAGGCAUUCACCGUGUGCUCACCUCUGACUACGCCUUCCUCAUGGAGUCUACCACCAUUGAGUUUGUAACACAACGCAACUGCAACCUUACGCAGAUUGGGGGCCUAAUCGACUCCAAAGCUUAUGGCGUUGGAACACCAAUCGGCUCUCCAUACAGAGAUAAGAUCACAAUCGCCAUCCUGCAGCUUCAAGAGGAGGGGAAACUUCAUAUGAUGAAAGAGAAAUGGUGGAGAGGAAACGGCUGUCCAGAGGAGGAGAGUAAGGAGGCCAGCGCUCUUGGUGUGCAGAACAUCGGAGGGAUCUUCAUUGUCCUCGCCGCUGGACUUGUUCUCUCCGUGUUUGUGGCUGUAGGAGAAUUCCUGUACAAGUCCAAACAGAAUGCACAACUGGAAAAGAGGUCAUUCUGCAGCGCCAUGGUGGACGAGCUGCGGGUUUCCCUCAAGUGCCAACGGCGGCUCAAACACAAGCCCCAGCCACCUGUCAUGGUGAAAACAGAGGAGGUCAUCAACAUGCACACCUUCAACGACCGAAGACUGCCAGGGAAAGAGACCAUGGCCUGAAGCAGGAAUCCGUGUCAUUUUCUCACCCGCUCUCAUGUGCUGAAUUGGUGUGUGAGGAUACUUGGGAUAAGGGAAUGGGUAAAUGGUAGAGGGGAAGAGGAAGUUGCCAUGGUCGAACUUGUAGAGCUUGUAGAGCAGGACUGCUUUGCAGUUGUUGUUAAAACGUCAUGCUUCUGUCUUUCUAAUUAGCUACAGAUAAGAGAUUCAUCAGUAUUUCCUGUGGAAAUAACUUCAACCCGGGUGAAAUUUCAGCAAGUUACCUCAUUACUCUUACAACACUGGCAACCAACUGGAGGUGCCAGGAUUUUUAAAAAACCUUGAGUUGAAAUGUAGAAGGUCUUGGAUUCCAGUCAAAGUGGAGGAAAAAUUGAAUCACACUUUUGAUCUGCUCCUCAGUCACUGCAGAGGCUGAAGGUGCAUCUCAGCUAAUGUGAUUGAACAGGUGGGAAAGUUUCUCAUUUUUUUUCUGUGUUGCUAAAUUAGACCUAACACGGGGUGAAGUGAUAAGCAGUGCUCUCAAAAUGUAUAAAAAGCACUGCUCAGUAACAUAUGAUAUCGAAUGACUUUAAAAAUUGACAUUUUGCAAAACGUCAUCUGGCAAUAAUUGAAUUUAUGUGUUUUUUUUGUUUUCAGAGUACUAACACUUUUAGUCUUUAAUGGGGAUGAGUAUGGGAGAAUUAUCCUGCCAUAAUGCAAGAGCACAUAAUUUCAAUUUGAGAAAAGAAUUUCAUCUUC